AUGUACCACACAAAGGAGAAAGUCCAUUACACCUAUGACAUUUGCCACAAGGGUGAUGAGAGUUUCAUCGGAGAAUGGGGUGCCUCGGCACCACUCACAGACAAGGAAAUGUCGAGGAGAAAAACAUACAGCUAUGAACUUUGUAACAAGGACAUCUCACAAAAACAUAAUCUGCUGAAGAACAUGAGAGUGCAUACAAAGAGGAAGUCAUAUACCUGUGACACUUGCAGUAAGACAUUUUCUAAGAGUAGUUAUCUUGUAACGCACAUUGGAGUACAUACAAAAGAGAAGCCCAUACAACUAUCUAAUCUAGUAAGUCCAUGUGAGAAGAACAUACAGGGAGCUAGAAGCCAUACAGCUGUGAGAUUUGCAACAAGGCCUUCUCACAUAAACAGUAGUCUAGUGAUCCAUAUGAGAGUACAUACAAAUGAGAAGCCAUUACAAAGUGAGAUUUGCAAUAAACCUUCUAUACAAACAAAGGACGUGGAAAUGAGGCUCCAGCUUGUAAGGCACAAUAGAGUACAUUCAGAUGGGAAUCCUUAUGAAUGUGAAAUUUGCAGUAAGGCCUUUUCUGCAAGAGGUAGCCUAGUAGCGCACAUUAGAGUACACACCAAGGAGAAUCCAUACAGUUGUGAAAUUUGUAACAAGGACUUCACAGAAAAAUCUAAAUUAACAAGGUAUAUGAGAAGAAGUCAUGUAGUAAGACAUAUGAAAGUACAUACAAAAGAGAAGCCAUACAGCUAUGAGAUUUGGAGCAAGGCUUCCUCAUAA